GUAAUUACGUACAUGGAUAUUUGGCAUGUGAGGAUUCUUCAGGUGGCAGAAAGCAUCUUGCACUUUGGACUCCAACCAGGCUGAAUGGAUGGAAAAUUUGGUGCAACAGUUGCCUAUUUGACAAUAUUGAACCGCAGUACUGACGACCGUGACGAGUUGGCGUCAGGUGCCCCAAUUGAUUCCAGAGUUACGCCGCAUCAGAUGGCCUGGUGCCUGUGCACAUCCAUGAUUGGAGCGUGAUGGAUGGCACGGGCCAUAUCGGACAAGACCUGGGACAAAGCUGGCCGCGCGGACAGGGAAAGGCACCAGUCAGAUCUUUACUUGCCGGAUGAAUAUCCCAACAGGAUAAAAAAGAACAUGGACCAGACUAAUUAUGCAGUAAAUGGAAACGUCUACCACCGCUGUAAUUGCCAAUCUAAGAUUUACUGACAGAUUACUAGAAAGGAUGCUAAUUCUUCAGAAAGGAAAGGUUGAUAGCACGUAGCCUUUUUUUGAGAGCAGAUAGCACGUAACCUGUAAUCAGGAUUUCCCCCAUAUCAUUGUGCACGGCAGAAACUUCAAAACCACCAUCGAUAUCGUCGUCUUAAGAAUUCAGACUCCUAACCAACGCGUCAUGGCAGUAGAGUAGAGGCUGUAGCGCAGGUCGUGCCGGUCACGUUGUCUCCACUCCCUCGCCUCUCCCUCCCGGCAGGGGAGAAUUAAAGCCCCUUAUCCUCUCUGCCGCUGCCAUCGUUGGACCCAACCAUCCCUGCUCUUCUCCCCUCUCUGCUUUGCGUGCGUGCCGUGGUGCCGCGCCCUCUUCUUUGGAGCCUUGCGCCGCGUUCCUUCCCCCUGUCCGAAUCCGCCUCGACGUGUCCGCCUCCUCCCUUCGCGUGCGCUCUCCUUUUGGCGCCCUCUUGGUAUCUGUGCUCUCCUCUCCUCCCCCUCCUCCUCGCUGCCUCUGCCACGCUCCCUCUUUUUUGUCCCUGCGCGUCUCGGCCGCUCUCUGCUUCUGCCCGGUCGUUCUUGGCUGACAGCAUUGCGUGCGAGAGCUGUGCGCGGUGGUGACGAUGUCGUCGGCGGUGGAGGCCAUCUCCUGCUCCAAGGUCGACAUCCCCGCCGGCCCGGAGCCAGAGGCGGCGGCCAAGAACUCGGCGCCCGUGGAGCAAGGCGACGGCGCGGUGAACGGCAAGUGCGGCGACGCGCCGCCGCAUUGCCACGGGGAUGAGGAGGAUGAAGAGGACGAGGAGAAGGCCCCUAAGGUCAUUGACCUCGGCCCCAGGGUCAGCAUCAAGGACCAGCUCGAGAAGGACAAGGAUGACGAGAGCCUGCGGAGAUGGAAGGAGCAGCUCCUCGGCAGCGUGGAUUUGAACUCCGUCGGAGAGACGCUGGAGCCGGACGUGAAGAUCAUGAGCCUGUCCAUCAUGUCGCCCGGCCUGCCCGACAUCUUCCUGCCGCUGCCGGUGGAGCCCAACGCCAAGGGCGUGUGGUUCACCCUCAAGGAAGGCUCCCCGUACAGGCUCAAGUUCACCUUCUCCGUCAGCAACAACAUCGUCUCCGGUCUCCGCUACACCAACACCGUCUGGAAGACCGGCCUCAAAGUUGACAGAGCCAAGGAGAUGCUCGGCACGUUCAGCCCCCAGCAGGAGCCCUACACGUACGUGACGCCAGAGGACACCACCCCGUCAGGAAUGUUUGCCCGGGGGUCGUACUCUGCCAGGACGAAGUUCCUCGACGACGACCGGAAGUGCUACCUGGAGAUCAACUACACCUUCGACAUCCGCCGGGAGUGGCCGUCGACGAGCUGAUCAGCCUUUAUCGCCGGCGACGAGACCUGCUUGGGUUACUACUUCACUGUUGCCGUGCGAGAGCAGAUCGCUCGUUUUGUUUGUCCCGCGUUUCUGUUCGGUCCGUCCUGUCCCUAGGUUUCGUCAUGUGCGUGCGCGUCUGUGUGAAUAUCGCUUCCAUGUAUCGGUUGUUUCUUGUGCCAACACCGUUCGUAGACACUGUCAGGUCAGUCCAUUGUCCGUGCGUCAGCGUGUCCAACUUUUCUCAGGGUCUCGUUUUCGAACUGCCUGUCGAGUUCACAGCAAUGGAACCGCAUUUCACGUAAUGCACUCGUGAUCUGUUUUUGGUUUGUA